AUUGCCUUUCCCAGGCGAGAUGUUUAUUGACAACCGACGGGCGGACAAGAGACAUUCAUUGUUGCAUUUCGAAGAGACACACAGACGACGGUGUCCAGGGACUAUGUAGUCCAUUCAAAUCGAAUUGUGAUUUUGCCCCCCUUCAUUUGAGUUACUAACGUUUGAAUAUUGUAUUGUAAGUCAGUCGGACAAAUGCUAUCUCACGAGAGUGGUAGAUAAAGGAGCAUUCAGUGGUUAAAAUGUGUACUAGUUGACAAGAGAAGUCAACAAUCUCUGAGCGCGUAACUUGCACCGUUUGUUUACAGUAGUGCUGAUUUAUUAUCAUUUACAUAUUUUUUUUCUAAAUCACUUGAUAACUUUUCUUAAGGAGUUUAUGUUGACUUACGAUGUGACGAAUUUAAAUCUAGACGUGACGUCCUCGGAUUAACAAACUCUGUAAUAAAAAAAAGACAAAUACCAAAGGAUUUUUGUUCUGAAUGAAAUAGGAUUCGCAAUGAAACUCUGGAUAUUCAAACUUAUUGCAGUCAAUAUCUUUCUUCUGUGUUCUCUAAGCUAUUGCGUCUCACAAGACGAUGUGACCAAUUCGACAGAAACUGUGGUUGAGACCACAUCAUUGAGGGAUGUCUCGCCGUCAACAAGCACAUCAACUAGCACAUCAACAACAACGACAACAACAACAACGACCUCCACUACCCCAGUGGAUGACACCCCCACCCAGACCACGCCCGACGCCACCACACUGGGAGAAAUACUAGACACACCCGAGGACAGCAACGAUCCCAUCUCUGACUACAUCAAGAAGUACAACGAGGCGGUGGUGUACGUGGGCGAAGAAGAUGACCGGCCAGAAGAUACGCCCACAAAGCCAGAGCUUGGUAUUGACCAGGCCUGGUUCACGGUCAACUCGACCGUAGACUUUGUAGUUGAAAUCUGGGCUCAAUCAGAUCAGUGUUACAAGUGUGACCUGAUGCUGAUCACCAAGAUUGAAGCGAACUCUGUCUCGUCCUUCGCGGUCAACACGACCUCUGGCACUGAUCUUCGUCUGGUCCGUGUCCAUCCUGCUGGUCAUCCCGAGCAGCUCUGUGGGUUUAAAAGUACUUUUCUUGAGUCUGGGGACUACUGGGUGUUUCUGGGCUUUCCUCCGCCUGAUGAAGAAAUGACAUGCAAAGUCAUUCUUGCUAACGAUCCAGACAUAUCAGAACUGCCAAUCUUGUUUGUACUGGUUGGAUUCCUAGUGCUAGCUAUAGUCUAUGUGAUUGGUAAACGUUUAUAUUCCUACUUCCGCCGUGCCGCCUCUCACCGCCAGGAUAGUAUGGACGUCACGAGCGACCAUGAAAGCGGGGAUCACCUGAGAAUGGGGAAUGGCAGCGGUGGCAAAGAUGUGGACGUGGAAGACGGGACCAAGCCAGAGAAAGAACCCACCAAAAGUAAACCUCGUCUGAAGUGUCUGGAUACAUUUCGAGGAUUGACGCUGGUCCUGAUGAUAUUUGUCAACUAUGGCGGUGGGCAGUAUUGGUUCUUCGAACACGCCCCUUGGAAUGGUAUUUUGGUUGCCGAUUUAGUCUUUCCCUGGUUUGUGUUCAUCAUGGGCGUCUCCAUGAACUUCUCCUUCAGAAGCAUGUUCCGCCAAGAUUGGAGUGCGGGCAGGAUUUUGUGGAAGAUUGUUUGGAGAGCAGCUAAAUUGUUUUUCAUUGGGUUUAUGCUCGGCACACAUUAUCAACCUGCUGAUUUAGAAAACGUCAGAAUUCUUGGUGUUCUACAGAGACUGGCCUUGACCUAUUUAAUAUCUGCACUGAUUCAUUUUACAUGCUCUCGAAGGUCAGACUCCCAUCAGGAUAAAAAAUGGUCAGUGAUCAGAGACCUCAUUCUAUACAUCCCUGAAUGGUUGGCCAAUCUGGCUAUACUCGCUUUACACCUCGGCCUUGUCUAUGGUCUUCCUGUGCCAGGUUGUCCAACAGGCUAUGUGGGACCAGGAGGUCUAAGUGAAGGCGGCAAAUAUAAAAACUGCACCGGAGGAGCGACUCAAUACAUAGAUUCAAUGUUACUUGGGACUCAUCACAUGUAUCAGUGGCCAACUCCACAUGUACUUUAUCAAACAGUCGUUCCUUUCGACCCUGAAGGUUUCCUAGCAACAUUGAAUUGUGUCUUUCUUUGUUUCUUAGGAAUACAGUGUGGAAGAAUUAUCCUGAUCUUUCAAAGUCACAAAGACAGAUUGAUAAGAUUUGUGGCAUGGGCUGUAUUCUUGGGUGCUUUGGGUGCAUUGUUCACCAAAUGUAGCCAGGACGAUGGGUGGAUUCCUGCAAAUAAAAAUAUUUGGUCAUUGUCUUAUACUCUCGUUACCGCAUCAUUCGGAUUCAUUCUAUUAUCUGCACUCUACGUCAUCACUGAUAUUAUUAGUAUCUGGGAUGGCCAGCCAUUUAUAUAUCCAGGUAUGAAUAGCAUUGCCAUCUAUUGCUGUCAUGGAGUAUUUCACAACCAAUUUCCUGUCAAUUGGAUUGUGGGCAAUCAACACUGGAAACUUUUGCUGCGAUGUGUCUGGGGAACGUCCGUUUGGGUCAUUGUUGCUUUCUGGUUGUACCUAAAAAAGAUAUUUAUAGCACUAUAAGUCAUGAUGCCAGGCAUGACGUUAUGAUCAGCGAAACAUCAGACUCUAUUGUCAAGUUAAUAAACCUUAUAUUGCUAGUAUUGCUACUAUUUAAAUGGACAAUACACUAGAUCUAGAUUUCGUUCAUGUACUAGAUCUAUACUGAAUGGACUUCAUAUACGGUCUUUGUUGGUAUUUGUGUUUUGCUUUGUAAAUAAUUUACAAAUAUUUUGUGCUUGUUUUAAAACAUGAAUAACAUUGUUACAAGCACAAAAAAAUGUGCAUUUAAAUAGCAUUCUUUAUUUAAUCAUUUAUCAGAUUUUUUUUUCAUUUUUAAAUGCUGUCAAAUGUCUAUUUCCACAGAGAUCUCAGUAUACUUAAUAAACAUAGGUCCUAUUAAAUUAUUAGAUAGUUUCGUUAAUGGCGAGAAAACUUUAAAUAGAUUUAUCUUGUAUCCGGUGUUCCAAAUGAAAAUGCUGAUAAGCUAGGUUUUUUUUUUUCAAGUUUUUUUUCAGCAAUGCAGAUUCUAAUUCUCUAAACCCUUCCGUUUGUAAAAAAAAAAAACAACAAAAAAAAAAACAUAAUACUUUAAAAAAAACAACAAAGCUUAUAAGAAGUGUAAUUACAUCAAUUAGUUUGGAUCAGUCACGUAGCCUAAUUGAAUUUGUAGUAGAUCAAGACCAACAACAAUAAAUCUGUGCGAUUAGAAAUAUUUUUACCAUUUGUUUUUGUUUAGCGCUAUUUUACACUUUUAGAUUUCCCAAUGCGCUGUGAUCCUAUAACUUAUCUGGACCAGUUGGGAAGAAAGGGUGGGGGAGAAAGAGAGAAAGAAACGGAUAUAUCGGUGAAUUUUAACUGAAUUCGCUUUUAUAAAAAAAAAUAUUUAAAAAAGGUGGGGGAACGACAUGAAUUCGAACUCAUGGCUCAAGCCGACAUACUGACCACUCUGCUAGAGAGGUACCUAUAAAAAUAGAAGAUUGUAUAGUUAUCUAUUGUAUGUUACAAACUUACAUUUAAACGAUGAUUUAUAAAGGGGACUAAUUCAGCUUAUACCUCCAAUUCAGUCAAGUACAAUUUCUUUCCCUUGUUUGAGAUACCAAAAAAAAAAUUAAUUACCAUUAGUUAAUUAACUGAUUGGUUGUUUUUUUUUUUAAAUUGAUUCUUGUGUUGUCAGGUAAAGGAAAUAAUUAUGUAAAAUUUCAACUUGAUCCGAGAUUGGGUGUCAGAGAAAUAACGUUUACAAACUUUUUACCAGAUAGACAGAGUUGAUAUAAGCUGUGUAAAAAAAAAUAUCUCUUUUUGAUCUAUGGGGGAGAGAUAAUGUAAAGGUCAUCUGUUCCCGUGGCCCACGAUUAACGAGGAUGUAGCCAGCACAACGACCAACCACCUUCACUUUUCCCCCAUCAAAUGCCAAGUACCCAUUAAAGCUGGAUAGACUCAGAGAUGCCAAAAAGAUCCAAAGAAAAAUUACUAGUCUUCGCCAGGAUUCGAACUUGGUAUCCCUCGGUUAAGAAGCCAAGCGCUUUACCACUCAGUCACCGCUGAAAAAAAAGUAAUUAAAAUGUAAAGGAAGUAUUAUACUUCCAUUCUAUGGCUUCAUAUAAAAAAUAAGGUCAACUAACAAGCAGUUAUAAAGGAGACUUGAUACAAAGAUCAAUUGCCAAGCGUUGAGAUAAAGCUGAUAAUUCAAUUCUUUUCAUUAACCGGCAACAGUAAAGUUUGAUAGUGUCUUUGACCUUGUUUCUUAAGCCUUUAUUGCAUCAGAAAGAUAGAUCAAGAAGGGUGUAAAUGUAAUGAAUUAUAAUAUUCUAUUUAUUGUUAAUUGUUAUGCUUAAAACUGUUUAAUAAUGAGCUAUGUUUAACUAUCAUUUUAUGUGAUCUGACUUAUAUUGAAUGUGAAGCUAACUUUAUGUAUGUAUUAUAAUAAAUUGAUGUAUUCUGACCUUAAAA